UGAAUCACAUUAUAUAUCCAGCCAUGAUCAUCAUCACCACUUCAUAUCUCUUGAUUCUAUCACUCCUCCAUUGUGCUGAUGCAAAGGAGUGCAGUCCUUCAGCCUGCGGCGAUAUUCGCAAUAUCAGCAUCCCUUUCAGCCCAGCCACUGCGGCAGUUCCAUAUAUGAACUAACAUGCCAACACAAUGUCCCGUUACGUUCGUCUAUCUAAACUCUAUCAAAUACUAUGUCAAGCACAUCAACUAUGAUUCCUCCACCAUUAGGCUGGCUGAUGCGUCCAUAACCAAUGAUACAAUCUGCUCUUUCCCUAUCACUUCCCUCCAGAUUCUACAAAUUAGCCGAUCGUUCUUCUUCUCCAUACUAUAUUCUUGAUCCCUUUGAUGAAUUACUGUCAGUUAACUUUAUUAGUUGAUAAAUUCUUCCACUUUACAGAUAUUACUGCCUGUAAUUUAUCAAUUGCCAGAUUUAGAUAUGUAUAUGUUGGGUUCAUGUUCAUCAUACCCUCAGAGAUACCACAUAUGUGUAAGAUAGAUCUAAUAGUCUUGACAUCGUGGUUGGGUUUAGAGGAUUUGACGAAUGUUUCACUUUCACAAAUCCACCAAUCUCUCUUGUAUGGUUUUGAACUCAACUUCUGUGAUGAUUGCAAUGAAAAAUCCACAACAUCGGGGAAACUCAUACAGCACUUUUCAGGACCUAAGUGCAAUGUCCUUAUUCCUCUUGCCAUUCUAGUUUUCAUAAUUGCAGGGGUAAGCCUUCUUGUGAUGAUCAUCAUCGGAAUUGCAGGUGUUCUAGCACUAUCAUUUACUCCUACUUCGCUUUUGGAAAAUAUACUACAAUACAGCUACUACGAUCAGACUAUGCUAGCAGCUAAUCACAUUGUAUUCAUUGCAUUUUUCGCGGGUUGUUUGGCAGUUAUAGGUAAGCUCAGCAUCCACAACGGUGGACGGACGGCGUCCGUCUGUCCGUGCCGCUGGCAAGGACGAGCUCCGCCGCUACUGCGCUCUUGCCGCUGGCACGGACGUGCUCUUACUGUGAGUGUUGUGCUCUAG